AUGAAUGGCGAGUGGAAGAGUCUAGGCAAAGUUUGCGGCAGAGAUACACCUAAGCCUUUCAACACGACGUCGAACCGCAUGAAGGUGAUUUUCCAUUCGAACGAGGCGAUACAAUCGGACGGUUUUCAUGCCGUCUGGAGAGAGAAUUGCGGAGGUGUUUUUCAGGCGACCGAUAAAGUUGAUAUCAUACAAUCGCCAUCGUAUCCAAAUCUCUAUCCAUCUAACAUUGUCUGUAAUUAUACGAUAGUCGCGCAAAAUGACGAUAUUGUCGUCGAGUUCACUGACUUCCAGCUCGAGCGCGGUCGCGGAGGAGAUUGCCGUUUUGACAAUGUCACUAUCAUAGCUGAAAAUAUGUACAUGGUAGAGGAUGUGGAAAGUUAUUGCGGCAACAGCAAACCACCACUUUUGAGAUCUCUAUCACGGAUAGUAAUCCUCUUUAUGACAGAUAAAUAUGUGCAUCGAAACGGUUUCCGGUUUAAAUAUUUCCUCAAUAGAUGCGGUGGUAUAAUCACACGGCCCAGUGAACUUAAGCCUUUGAUGCAUGGAGAAGAAUACUUUGGACGCAUGAAUUGUACUUGGGUCAUUAAAGCGCCGCAAGGGAAGAGUAUACUUGUGCGCUUUGAGAAGUUCAUUUUAGAGUUCUCCACCAAUUGUUAUUUCGACAACGUCGCUGUUUACGAGGGUGAGUUCGUUGAACAGAAUAAACGCGUUGCUCUGGUUUGCGGAAACUUGACUGAUAAUUUACCAACAUUUAAAUCCGAGUCCAAUUCUAUGGUCGUUAACUUUAAUGCCGACAGUUCGAUACACUUCGAAGGUUUCACAGCUAAGGUGUUAUUCACGACAAGUUCAGCCGACGGUUGCGGAGGGUUAGUCAAUUUAACUUCGAUUCAAUCUAAAUCAUUCAGAACUCAGCAGGCAGCAACUUAUCAACCGUUUGAAGAAUGCCAUUGGACUGUAGUUACAUCACCGGUGAAAAGUAUACUAUUUACAAUCAAUAGUAUAGACAUCAAAAAUUCGAUUAAUAAUAACACUCGUCGUGAUAAAUGUAGCGGUGAUUAUCUCGAGGUUCGAGAUGGUGGUGGACCUUAUGCCAAACUAAUUGGUCAAUUUUGCGGAAAUUCAGUGCCAGCUCCUAUGGUAUCCACCUCAAACAAGUUGUGGAUUAGAUUUUAUACUGACGGCACUACUGAAGGUGCUGGUGCAAUAGGCACCUUGGACACAGCUGAUUCAUUAUGUGGCUUGAGUAUUCGGGUAGUCAAUGCGACAAAUAACGUACUUACUUCGCCAAAUUAUCCAAAUACGCAUUUAGCUGGAACAUUAUGUCGCUGGACUUUGCAAUUUGCUGGUGAAUACAAUGAUAGAAUGCGAAUACGAUUUAUAGAUUUUGAUUUGAUGGACUCGAAUAAGUGUGAAGACGAAUAUUUAGAAAUUUCUGAGCAAAAUAAAUACAUAAAUGAAGGCUUCGGAACAAACUUUAUUUAUAGUGGCAUGAGAAACCAUCCGAUUAGCGUUGAGAUGGGUAGCCGUUUACCUUUUUCCUCCUACAAGUAUUGCGGCAGCGAAUUACCACACGAGUAUUAUAGUUAUAGCAAUGAAGUCGAAGUGACGUUUAGAUCAUUAUCCAACAAUCACAAAGGCUUUAAGCUUGAAUACAGCACACCGAAUUGCGAUCGGAAUUACACGAGCGAGCAGGGGCGAAUUUUCCAUAACGGAUUCACAAGUUGCUGGAUCACGAUCACCGUUCCGGCGAACCGUACCAUUUCUCUGUACUUUAAUCAUUUCAGCAUUUACGAUGCAGAGCAGUGCACGCGCAACGCGCUGCAGGUACACGAGGGUGACUCAAGUGGACCGCUCCUAGCGAAACUGUGCAGUACGAUGACGCCAAGCCCGAUUUUCAGCACCGGCAACAAACUCACUUUGCACUCCUGGACCGAGAGCGCCAGCUCUUAUCAAAGUUAUGACAUCCUUUACACGACCACGGACGCAGGUCGAGGUUGCGGCGGUCGUAUAUUCAAUUACGGAGGCAGAUUCACCUCGCCAUUGUAUCCCAAUACGUAUCGCAAUAAUACUGUAUGCACUUGGGACGUGAGCGUACCGCAAGGUUUUAAGAUCUUUCUCCAGUUCCUCGUCUUUGACAUCGGCACGAAGAAAAACUGCGACAACAAUAAUGUCAAAAUUUAUGACGUUGUCCCCAAUGGAGAACUUUUACACAGCACUUAUUGCGGCGGAGAUGAUCCAGCGAGGCUCGAAGCUGAUACCAAUCGAGUUCUCGUUAAAUACAUGUCGACAGUGAACAACAUUGGAUCGGGAUGGGUCAUCGCAUUCAUGGCACAAUCAACUGUGCAUCCCAUCGGCAUAAUGGAAAAGUGGUAAGGGAGACAUCAAGACUGUGAAAAGUAACGUUUUUAAAUGUGAAAUUUAGAGGCCGAUAUUCUAAAAUUUACAUAUUUACUAUAGAUAGAUAAAAUAAAUAAAUUUGUCUAAUAUAAAGUGCAUCGUUGUUUAAAAUCUUUGUAAUUUAGUAUUAACGUAAAUAUAUCUUUUAACCGCUCUUAUUAUUUUAUCAA